AUGGCUCAUAGAAAAUCCCUAGAAGCACUAAACAGAACACUUCAAGAUUUACGCGACAACACGAAUAUAAUGGGAGGUGUAUUGUUAAUACUAUCAGGCGAUUUCCGUCAAACGCUACCUGUCAUUCCGAAAUCAACGCCGGCAGAUGAAAUUAACGCUUGCCUGAAGAAGUCGUUCAUAUGGGAACAGGUAAAAAUAAUUAAAUUAACAACAAAUAUGAGAGCACAGAUUUCAGGAGAUGAAAAGGCCCAAGAAUUUGCUGAAAAACUUUUACAAAUAGGAGAGGGCACUUAUCCAAUAGACGAAAAUACUGGCCAAAUCACACUAACUAAUGAGUUAUGUAAUGCUGUUGAAACACCGGAACAACUUAUAAAUGAAGUGUAUCCAAGUAUUGCUGAAAAUUAUACUAAUUCAGAAUGGUUACGGGAGCGCAUUAUUCUAGCCACGAAAAACGACAUGAUUCCGGGAGAAGAGAAAAUCUACAACUCAAUCGAUACAAUGACUGAUGAACAAGAAAGCGAAUGCCAUUGCACUGCCUUAAAUUGA